AAAAAUCCCCACCCCUGUCGCUGUCGCAUUUCGCUGCCCCCGCCCGCGCCGAUCCCCAAAUCCUUGCGCCGCCGCUCGCCGGGGUUCCGGGUCCGGCCAAGCAGGCAGCAUGGCGGAGGCGGUGCUGAUGGACGAGCUCGUCGAGGAGAUCCUCCUCCGCCUGCCGCCGGACGACCCCGCGAGCCUCGUCCGCGCCGCCACCGUGUGCAGGCGGUGGUGCCGCAUCGUCUCCGCUCCAGGCUUCCGCCGCGGCUUCGCCGAGCGCCACCGCGCGGCCCCCAAGCUCGGCUUCUUCGCCAACCUCAGCGACGACGGCGACCAAGUCGCCCGCUUCGUCCCCGCCACCCCCUUCCGCCCGCGCCACGCCGACCGCCUCCACCGCCGCGCGCUCGACGCCCGCCACGGCCGCGUCCUCCUCGCCACCACGACCUGGCCAACCAACCUCGAGGUCUGGGACCCCGUCACGGACGAGCUGCGGGAGCUUCCCCGCCCCGCCCCGCCCUACCCACUUUUCAGCUGGAACGCGGCGGUGCUCUGCGCCGCCCACGGCAAGUGCGACCACCUCGACUGCCGCCGCGGGCCCUUCCUCGUCGUCCUCCUCGACAACCUCGGCCCUGAGGAUAUUCACGUCUACGUCUACUCAUCGGAGGUUGGCACCUGGAGCGGCCCGACCUAUGGCCCUCCCUCCCCAAGAUAUGGGGGCGAGAUGGUUCCUCCUGCCCUUGUGGGGAAUGCGCUCUACUUCCUGAUUGUGCGUUCAACAGCAUUCUAGAGUACGAUUUGGCCGAGCGAAGCGUGUCUGUGCUUCACCUGCCUCCUGAUUUCGUUUCCGACUUUGCGGUGCUCACGACCUCGGAGGAUGGCGUGCUGGGAUUCGCAAGGGUGGAGAACUCCAGACUCUGGCUCUGGUCAAUCGAGACAGGUCCUGAGGGGGAUGCUGUAUUGGCGCCAAAAGGAUCCAUUGAGCUCCUGACACUGCUCCAAGUUGAUGCUGAUGCCAUCGUAAAUGAUUAUGUUGGUUUUGCACAUGGCGUUGGGAUCUUUUUUGUGGGGACGGAUGAUGCUUGGUUCAGUAUUGAUAUAGAGUCUGGAGAGGUGAGGGAGGAGGACUGUGGUGAUGGUCACACCCACGGUGUCGUUCCAUACACGAGCUUCUACAUCCCAGAUUUUCAUAAGUAUGGAUUAGCUCCUCUCUGAACCGAAUAAGUGCUGAGCAAGCAGUAAGUUUUCAUGCUCAAUUUUGGUUGUCUUGAAAUUCCUCCUGCUCAUGAAUCGUAAACAUAUGUUUGGUCUUGUUGGAGCUUUUGCUAAGAUCAGGCUUAUCUGAGUUCCUUGAACGAUAUUAUAUUGGAUAUGUGCUUUACUUUUCCUGAAAAUGACUCUGUAGUUCAGUUUGAGUUGAUAUGAGCAAAAUUGCCAAAGCAGUACUGUGAACCUUUGAUCAAGCAUCUCCGAAACCUUAUGGUUAUAAUGUGCAAAGCUAUCUGAUCUCUGUACUUUUGUAGCAGUCAUUUCAUUGCAGUUAUUACCACAUGUUUAUUUAGUCAUAUGAAAAUAUGAAUCAGUGAAUCUAUGAAAAUCUAGUAAACGUAGAACUUUGCUACUCCUACCCAUUUUUUGUUGUGUCCUUGAAACUGCUUAUUGAUGCAUAGGACUUUAUUCAUCUAUUAUACAUGUUAUUGAUGGAUGAUGAAGACCUUAACAAUUGAUCUAAAUUUAAGCUUAGCCAGUAAUAUUUCUGCUAAACACAAGUAUCACAGAUAUCUGGGUUUAUUACCACGCAUUCUUCUAAGAAUUUUGAGUGACAAAAUAGUGGUACUCAUCUGGGUCAAAAUAUCCUUUAUCUUGUCGCAUUCUUCAUGCACACAUGCAAAUAGCUGUAUCAUACUUAACGUGGCCUCUUAGAACAGAAUAUACACGUGGUCACUCAUUCCCUCUGUUCUGCAGGUUUUCAUCUUUAUGGAUUAGCUCAUUUCUGAACUGAAUAAGUGUUGACUAAGAAAUAAGUUUUCAUGCUCUAUUAUGGUUGUUUUAAAUUUCUUCCUGAUCAUGAAUGGUGCACCUGGCCUUGUUGAGUGCUUGUUGGCUAAGGCCCACGUUUAUGGGGUGUUGUGGGGAUAAUUUUGACAAUGUGGAACGAAAUUAAAUGGAAUAAUCCGUAUGCACAGGUCCAUCUCGCUGCUAUCCAGCAAUCUUUUAUGGAAAUUGGGAGCCCUCUGGCUUCUUUUAUGAAGCCGGCACAAUGGUUUCAUCUGUGAAGUCCGCACAUAAUGCCGAGCACUAUACUUGUUAAUUCCACACGUUGCAUUCAAGAAGUUUGGUUGACUCUUUUUUGCUUGGUUAUUGACUUAUUGUGCACGGGGAGUGACGCUGUGUUGCCCACGUUUUCAAAUCUUAGAUGUUCUUCAUUUGUUUGAUAGCCCAAUGUUUUGUUAUUUCAAAACUUAUGUUAACGUGCACUAUUUGAUCU